UUCUGACCUGCCGACCACCACCCACCGAACACCUCCACGCCGCAAACAAACCUCCCCACAUCAUCAAUCUCGAUCCAGCAGUCAAGAAUAUUUCCUUCGGCCGCAACAUUGACAUCCGCGAUUCCGUCAAUUACCGUGAAGUAAUGAUCCAGUACUACACGAGCUGUCCCAACAGCGGUAUCAUGACAUCACUCAACCUUUUCGUAACCAAGAUUGACCAAGUCCUCGGGGUUCUUGAGAAGCAUGCCCUGAUGCUCCAACGGGUGUGAGUCGACACUCCAGGGCAGACUGAGGCUCGCAUCUGGCAAUCAUCACCGACGCGCUGGCGUCGACGUUUCCCACGGCCAAUUGCAUACAUCGUCGAUACGCCGCGCUCAGUCUAACUAGCAACUUUAUGGCGAAUAUGCCCUGCGCCCGCUCAGUCCUGUAUACAAUGAAGCUUUCAAUGGUAUCGGUCUUUAAUAGGACGGAUACGCACGAUUCUGUGGGCGCGAAGGAGUGGAUGCUGGAUUUCGGGGCGUUGAAUGCGGUGCUGAUGGCUGGUGAGGAGCGGGCGGUGGAUAUAUGCGAUCAUUGCUCAACUCUAUGCCGGUCAUGCUCGAUGAGUUUUACUACGGUUGCCUUGAGCUUGUUAGUGUCAGUGCCCUGACUGGUGCUGGUAUCGAUGGCUUCUUGAAGACGGUAGAAGAACUCACGAAGGACCUCGUGGUUGGAAAGGAGAAGGAGGAGCCCGACGUCAUGAGCGAUAUCGAAAGUAGCGACGAGGAAGAGGGCCCGGUGAAGAGGAGGGACUGGAUGUAA